AUGGCACUGGCCCUCAUCCUGGUGGUGCCCCUUGUCCUAGUGCCCCGACCCUCCCUGUGGCUGCACCCCAGCCAGGGGGUUUCCAUGGGGGACACUGUCACCCUGCGCUGCCACCUGCCCCAUCUGGCUGCAUGGGUCCAGCUCUGGUUUAAUGGAACUUUGAGAUCUGACAAGGAAAAAGACAAGGAGCAGGAUGUAGUUGAGUUCUCCUUGGUUGUCACAAACCUGGAAGACGCGGGGACAUAUCAGUGUCGCUACCAGGUGUCAGAGCCACUGUGGACAUCGAAUAUGAGUGACCCCGUGGAACUGGUGGUGACAGGUGCCAAGGGGCCAUCCCGUGGGAACCGGGUGGUGACGGUGGUGAGGGGCUGUGCUGCUGUCUUCGUCUUCUGCCUGGGCCUCUACUUUGUGCUUGAUGCCCGCAGCCUCUGGACACAGAGAGAUGAGAGCCCUGGUGUCCCCCCAGGAAUGCCUGAGGCCGUGCAGAUCCCGGUGUCCCCCAGUGACAGUGAGGAUCUGACCUACGCCGAGAUGCAAGCUGCCAUCCCGUUCUCUCAGCCCUCCGCUUUCCACACUGCUCCUCAAUCCCCCAUUAUCUACACCCAAGUGAACACUGGGUUACCGCGCUGAUGGACUCCCCAGGUGCCUCAUUUAAGGGGUGCCCUGAAGGGGACAGACCCUAAAUUCCCUGCUUGGGAUUCCCUGGUGUCCUGGUCUAACCCCAGACCAGCUAUUUCCCCAGAUCUAACAACCCCAAACUCUCACUGAUGCAUCCCAAAUGCUUCCCAGUCACACCAAAUGCCUAAACGCUCAUCUCUUACCCCAAAAUCCUUCUUUAUCCCCUCAAAUCUCUUCACACCCCCUGAGACCUCCAAAUCCUCUUCCGUCCACUCCAAACCACUGCCACCAUUCCUCUGAGACCGCCCGAUCUGUCCCAUUCUACCCCUCCUCUGGAGAGCCCCAAAAAUAUCCCUUUCCUCCCCUUGCUUCUCCUACAGAUGCCCAAUACAUCCCCUAUAGAUCCCCCCAAAAUUCCUUGCCUUCCAUUCUGUCCUGCUUCUACCAUUGGUCUUUGGGUAGAGAGCAAUUGC